AUGUUCCCAAUGGAUUCAUGUAACAAUUUACGCAUCGUCCUACCUCACGUCGGCCUGGUCAUCCUCUCAACCGCCUACACGCUUCUCGGGGCUGCGAUAUUUCAUCACUAUGAAAAGCCUUACGAGGAGCAACUGCGGAACGAUUCCGCACACCGCGUGCAUUUGUUGAAACAACGAAUCAUCGACGAGUUGUGGGAGAUGAACAACAAUGGCACGCCGUACACCAUCUGGGCGGAGCGCGCACAAAUCGCCAUGAACGACAUUAUUCAUGAUGUUUUUCUCGAUUACACUAGGAAUUAUAUGACACCUGAAGACGUCAUUACCGGCACCGGUCCUUUUAAAUGGUCUUUCGGUUCAAGCAUAUUCUUCUCAUGGACUGCCAUUACGACAAUCGGUACGUGCAUUCAGAUCUCUUUAAGUGGUAUAGCAUUUGAGCAAUGCUGA